CAAAGAGUAAUUUAUAUUUAUAGCUGUUUUGUAAAAUAAUUGUGAUUAAUUGCCUUCUGUUUUGUUGUUUUUACACUGAAUCGGUUUUAAGUUAUCGAAUCUGCUGUACGCCAGUUAUUUAUCGAAGAAAGAUGGCGAGCUCUGGUAAACAGUAUGGGCUCAUUUUGCCCCGGAAGAGUGCAUCAAAAUCUGCCCCUCUCUCGCGCCCCUCUGUGUUUGGAGAUGAUUCUGAUGAUGAGACCUCAGUUGGGGAGAGCUUGCAAAAGGAAGCAGUCAAAAAGAAGAUGAUGAAGCAGACCCGUCUUGAGAUGCAAAAGGCCAUUGAAGAGGACAGCACUGUCUAUGAGUAUGAUAGUGUGUAUGAUGAUAUUCAGAAACAGAGAUUGGAAAGCAAUAAGAAAUUGCUAGGUGGCACAGAGAGAAAGCCCAAGUAUAUUAACCAACUGCUUCGUGCAGUCGAAGAGAGGAAGAAAGAACAGGAACGUCGUGAUGAGAGGAAGAUCCAGAAGGAAAGAGAAGCAGAGGGCGAGAUGUUUGCUGAUAAAGAGGCUUUUGUUACCACAGCGUAUCGCCAAAAACUCAAAGAAAGACAGGAGGAGUUGGAGAGAGAGAAAAGGGAAGCAGAGUUAGAAGCUGCACUGGAUGUCAAGAAGCAGAAGGAUCUCAGUGGAUUUUAUAGACAUCUUCUCAACCAGACAGUCGGAGAGGAGGCAGUGCCUGAUCGUAGUGCUCAAAGAGAGGAGAAAGCUACAGGCUCUGCAGCAGCAGAACGGUCAACGACCCCAGAACCCACAGUGAAACGAAGAGAGAGUGAGGCAGAAUCCCACAGCGAUGAGGACCAGAGUGAUAAAGCUUCCUUCACGAAGACCACCACAAACAGCAACCACUCAAAACGUCACUACAGACAAAAAUCCCCUCAUUCAGAUAGUGACGAUGAGCAAGAGCGUGACAGGAAAGAGAUUAAAGAAAGGAGUCACAAAGAAAGAGAAAGGGAUAGAGCAAAGGAUAAAGAUCGAGAAAGGGCCAGAGACAGAGAGGACAAGCACAGUCACAGAAAGGAGGACAGGGACCGCAGAAGAGAGAGGGAGCGAGAUAGGGACAGAGAAGACGACAGAGGCCAAGACAGGAGGGACGGAUACAAAGAUGACAGACAUAGUAACAGGGACAGAAGAAACAACAGCCCGAAAGACAGAGAAAGAUAUUGUAAAGGAGAACGAGAGGGAGACAGACAUGAUAACAGCCCGAAGGACAGAGAACAGGACCGCAAAGGAGAGAGAGAUCAGAGGGACAGAGAAAACCAGAAAAUGGACAGCAAAAGGAAAAUCCAGGAUGAGGAAAAAACGAGUGAGAGGAAGACUGACAAUGAUAAAGAAGAAAAGGUUGUGGAAACUGAGGACAAAAGUGAUGCACAACAGAAACCUAGUAAAUUUGCAAAACGCAGCAGUGACCAGACUCUAAAUUCAGCCAGAGAGAGAUAUCUGGCCCGGCAACUUGCUCGUUUUGCUGCAAAGGCCUAUAUUGAAAAAGAUGAUGACUAGCAAAUGGAUUGACCAUUGUAUCUUCCUCUUUUAAGCAGUGCAUGGGCUGGGGGGGUACAUUUCACUCUAUUGUCAGUUAAUAAAAUAAAAAACAACCCUACAUGUUAUUAAUUGUGGCAAAGCAUCUUGGUUGCAGCAGUGCACUAAGAGAGGUUCUUCCAUAGUUUAAGGCAUUGGGUUUGAGUGAGGCUUUUAAUAGUAAACAAAGACCUCGUGGCGCAACGGUAGCGCGUCUGACUCCAGAUCAGAAGGUUGCGUGUUCAAGUCACGCCAAGGUCAAUAAGUUUUGAGGCAGCUGUGGCCUAAUGGUCAGAGA